GACACAAAAUAUAACCUGAAUAAAAUACCUUGUUUUUCACUACUUUCUUCUCCCCACCAGCCUAGUUGUGUAGUUUCAUCAGCACAACAAUUGGAACAAUAUCACUGUUCGCUGGCGAACAACCACGAUGAUGCAAGCACUUCGGUUCCGAAACUCGGCCGCCGUGCGGUCGGCGUACCGGAAAAAUGUUUCCCACCCCAGCACCUCGUCCUCCUCGCGACCCGGGUGGUUCGCAUCUUCACCCGCUUGCAGUCCUGCAAACCAAUUAUACCAACCCCGAAGAUGGACAUCUUCCACAUCGAAGCCCACUAGAUUUUCCGAGUCGGGAGCCGCUGCACCGGCGCAGUCUUCCUCCUCAAGCGUCGCGCCCCCAAACCUUCCACCAGUGGCGCCUGAUUUGCCGCCCGUCUCCGAGCCACUGCCGUCUUCCGGCUGUGCAGCAGGAGCCACGGCGUCAAGCUCGAUAGAAGGAGAACAAGAAGAGGAUGUGAUACUUCCCACGCGCGGGAAGCCGCGACCGAAACUCCCGAAUUGGUUUCGGAUGCAAAACAUUAACCGCACACCCGAAGCCCGGGAGAACUGGAAGGACACCAAGGAAACGCUGAAGGGCCUCGGGCUCGCGACGGUCUGCGUCGAGGCCAAGUGCCCGAACCUGAACGAGUGCUGGGGCGAGGGCACCGCAACAGUGAUGAUCCUCGGGGACACCUGCACGCGCGCCUGCCGGUUCUGCAGUGUGAAGACGGCGCGGAGGCCGGAGGGCAUCGAGGAGGGCACCAAACUGUUCGACGAGCCCACCCGGGUCGCGAAUGCGAUCGCGCAGUGGGACCAGCUGAAGUACGUGGUGAUCACAUGCGUGGACCGGGACGAUUUGAUGGACUUCGGAGCGGUGCACAUCAAGAAGGUGGUCGAAAAUGUGAAGAAAAUCCGGCGACCGGUGACCAACAGCCUGAUGGAAGACGGCCACAGCACGGCCACAGGGGAGGUGCUGGUGGAAACCCUGCUGGGAGACUUUCGGGGCGAUUUGAAACUGGUGGACAUCACCCUCGAGGGGAACAUGGACGUGUUCGCGCACAACAUCGAGACGGUAGAACGACUUAACAGCACGGUCCGGGACCGCCGGGCGAACUACAAACAGAGCAUGUCGGUGCUGGAGCACGUGAACAAGCAGAACGAAAAGCGAAUCCAGCAGGGCAAAAACGGGAUCAUCACGAAGUCCUCCAUCAUCGUCGGCUUGGGGGAGACAGACGAAGAAAUCUACCGGACCAUGCGCGACCUGCACAGCGUCGGCGUGCGGGCAGUAACCCUGGGACAGUACCUGCAGCCCACGAAAAAGCACAUGCGCGUGGAUAGGUAUUUUGUUUUAUCGAACAACAUAUGAAAUUGAUGGGACACUGUUGUCAGAUGCCGCUUGGAAGCAAGUUUUUGCUGAAUUGAAAUUCGCAUGUCUUGUUUCUUGCUAGCCGAAUGCACCCGACAGCACCGCAUUGCGAGUGCGAAUUCCUAUGAUCGAAGUGUAAAAACAAUGACUUUAUCGCGACCUUUUUCCGUAUCUUCAUACAUCAGGUUCAUCGAGCCCGAGGUUUUUGAAGCCUAUGAUCAGAUGGCGCGGGAGAUAGGAUUUGACAUGGUAGCCAGCGGCCCUAUGGUGCGAAGCAGUUACCGAGCCGGCGAACUAUUUCUGACUCGCAUGGUCGAGAAAGACCGUGCGCAGCAGCGACGAGCGCUCGAGCUGAAGAGCGCAGCAGCAGCGGCGCAGUGAAUGAAACAAUGUCGCCGUUCCCACUCACUGCUGCGUCGACUAUGAAUUUUCCGCCCGCCGCAAGACUUACUUGUACGAACAACUGGGAGUUUUGUAUCAGCCGUGUGAAGCUAGGGCUGCGUUUAUGUUGACCUGGAAGAAUGUACUCCUUGCUUUGUGUAAGUUUUGUUGUUUUGCAGCCAAGAUGGUGCAAAGCUGAGAUAAAACAGGACGAAUGAGCUAG